AUGGAAAAUGCAUCUUUAAUCAAAACCAAUUUUCACCUCUUGGGACUCCUGGAGAUGGAAGGUCAUCGGUUCCUCUACUACGUCUUAUCUUUGGUUCUAUUCCUCACCACCAUAGCCUUGAGCUGCUUCAUUGUGUACGUAGUGCUGACUGAGGAGAGCCUUCAUAAACCCAUGUUCAUCCUCAUAUCUAAUCUGCUCUGCAACGGGAUGUUUGGAAACUGCUUAUUCUUCCCAAAGUUAUUGAUAGAUCUGGUGACAUCUUCGGAGACUAUCUCCCGUAAUGAUUGUCUUGUUCAGUCUCUGAGUAUCUCACUCUUUGCCUACUAUGAAACCUUGACCUUCACCAUCAUGGCGUAUGACCAGUACCUGGCUGUGUGUCAUCCCUUACAAUACAUCACUAUGAUGACCAACAAGAAAACUGCCCAGCUUCUGGCCACAUCCCUAAUAAUCUCCUUCACCAUCAAUUUGGUGGCCACUCUUCUGACCGUGAGAGUUCCUCUAUGUGGGACGCAGAUAAAAAAUAUUUUCUGUGACAACAUGUCUAUGUUUAUUUUGGCCUGCACAGACACCUCCAUUAACAACACCUAUGGGGCAGUUGUCACUGUCGCCUUGUUCCUCUUCUCCUUGACCGUAAUUGUUUUUUCAUAUAUUCAGAUCUAUCACAUUUGCCGUAAGUUGUCGCCGGCGUCCAGUAAGAAGGCCAGACACACCCUGGUCACGCAUCUCAUCAACUUCUCAAUCUUUCUAAUUGGAUUCCUAUUUAUCAUCAUCCGUCACAGAGUGGGUGACGUCAAUCUCCCAAUAAGCGGCCAUGUCCUGCUGUCCGCACCCAGCCUGGUGCUACCGCCACUUCUCAACCCGAUGGUGUAUGGGGUAAGGACCAACGCUCUAAGGGUGAAGAUGAUUAAACGACUGAAGGAGAUAAACAAGUGGAGACAUUUUUAA